GCAGAGCAGAAUCGUCCGAGGUUGUACUACGCGCAGCCGCCACCGCGAGUUGCCGCGACUACUUCUUCGCCGUGGUGGUGCUUGGUGCCGGUCGACGUCGUCGACGCUGCGGGGAGAUCGGGACCGGAUACCGCCGUGCCGCCGCGGGCAACGCUGCGCCGAAGCUCCACCAGCUACAACGUCGUCCCCGGUUAGUCGUGUGUCCCCGACUAGUCUUUGGCUAGCGGAAGAGCCGAAGGAAGUGUCUUCAGUGUGCGUGCGUGAAGCCGUGCUUUUUUUCUUCAACACCGUGGUGGAUACGCAGACGACUGUCCGAACGAGGUCCCGGUGUCUUGAGAAACAGCUGCCGCAGUUUCAGUUUCUUCACUCUCAGCUCGGCCUCCGAGUCCAGAAGAGGCCCCUAUCUUGUGCUUGACCACCCCGGCCAGCCUUCGCUGUAUCUCUGAUUGUCUCGAUCGAGAUUUCUUGCUUCUUUGCGGAAUACGCCCCCAUUUUUUUUUUCUCUUUGCCUGUUUUGAGAGUUCCUCGCCUCGUCCCCGGUUCGUCUGCUCAGCGCCGCACACCUGGUUGAGAACAGCGCUCCGUCGGCCCCCGCUUUGUGUGUGUUUGUGAGUGUGCGUGUUGUGCCCCCGUGCUUGUGCGCCGUGUGAAGAAAAAGAAAAAAGAAAGGCAAGCCAUCGUUCUCUGCACCGGGCACCCCUCCUCCUGUUCCCGUGGUCGCUCUAUCGCGGGGGGUCAAGACGGCGGCCCCUGCUCGCAUUGUCAUCGUGAGAGCGUCAGGAGAUGCAUCAUGACGACCAGCAGCUGACCAACGACCUGUCCGCUUCGUCCGACGACGCGAUGGACUCGCUAACGGACAACACCCUGGCCGGCGGCUCUCCUCCUCCUCCCCCGGCGGCGACGGCACCCGAAGGGGUCGUCAACCCGGCGUUCGGCCACGGCGAGGAAGACGUCUCGGAGGUGCGCAACAACCUGCGCAAGAGCAGCAGUCAGCACAAGAGCCUCGAAGAGGAGAAGAACGCCGUUAACCAGCAGCAGAACGGCAAGAUCCUCAACCACCACCGGAUCCAGAUUCCGGACGACGCGGUCAUCAACUACGACACGGCGCGCACGCGCAAGUCCCUGCAGAGCAAUGGCGACGUGGUCGCGCUGGACGUGUUCGCGGACUCGGCCAAGGCGCAGGAGGCCCUGAUGGGAGCGCUGGCCAACGGCGGCUCCGAGGGCGUGCGGCCGGUUUCUAGUCCCCUGACCAGCGGCUGCAGCUCGGCGGCGGCCGGUGACGCCGGCACCAAGAUGUUCGAGGAGUAUUUCAUCCCCGUCAACACGCACAAAAAGUUCCUCCGCGGCGAAAAGCUUUAUUUAACGAAAGAAAAGAGAAAAGUGUGUUCCGGGUGGAAGCGCAUGUUCUUCUGCUGUCUUCUUCUCAUGAUUUUAGGCAUCGCUGUUCUAGUGGGAGUGUUAGCAGCAACUGGGUUCCUGCUGAGUGAUUCUAAGUCCUCUCCAAAGUCCGUUCACGUCGACCCCAGUAGUCCGGGCUUGUACGCCGGCUCGUCGACGCUAAAAGGUGCGCCGCAGCCAAAAGUGACCAGCCCGCCACAACAGUCAUUACCGCCAUCAUCGCCGCCUCCAGUAGUAGUCAUUUCUACCACCACCAGUCUACCAACCACGCAACAACCAACCCAACCUCCACCUUCGAUGACGACAGUCACCGAACCGCCAGCGACCUCUGUCGCCAGCAUGGACCAGUCCACGACCGUGAAGCUGCAGUCUCCCGCAGUACCAAUGGAAGUCACGACAGAAAGCGUAACCACGGAGCUGACAUCUCUGUUGCAGGGUUCCGCCGAGUCUUCAGUCACUACUACGAGUGUUCCAGUAACUAGCGAUGCCUCGAUUACAACCAUGGACUCCAACCAGACGGCAGAGGAGACCGACGGCGUCGUUCCAGUGACCACCGUUCCGCCGACUACAUCUGUUGCGACGACGGUUGAGGGCGUGCCGUCAACGUCGACCGAGGUCAUGGCGUCUACAGCGGAAGCUGUGACAGAUUCCUCCGAAGAGACUUCUACAGUCACUUCUCCGGUUCCGGUCAUGGAUGGAACGACCACCGAAGCGUUCACGACCGUAGCAGAUGCCUCGACAACCGCUGGUACGACCAUGCAAGCUCCUUUUACUGUAACUGGCUCCGUGACAACGACGACUUCUUCUUCUGAAACGGUGACCCCUACGGAGCCGGUGACCAUUGCCACGAGUGUGGUUCCUGAGUCAACGACGACGGGGCCAAGAGUGGUCGAGACCACAGCCACAGCAGAAAGCACGACCGGGCACUACGAGACGAUGGUGACGUCACUGACGUCACUGACGGAGCGCUCGAUGCUGACAGACUCGAGUACGGUGGCGACGGCGACGACUCGUUUGCCGAGGGAUGAAGAGUCGUCGACGGUGACGGAGUCCGCCACAGCUGCUAGCACCGAAGAACGUACUCCCACCGGCGAAUUCCCUCACCCUGGCGCCAACGCUGUUGUCGGUGAGAUCACGCUACCUGAGGAAAUUUUCAGCGAAUCCCUGAACAACAAGUCAUCGACAGAAGCAAGAGAUCUAUCCAACCAGCUGAAACAAGGGUUAGAAGACAUCCUCAAGGGACUUGGAUACCGCUACGAGACGGUGGACAUACUGAAGUACAGGAAAGGCAGCGUGGUGGCUUCCUUCGUGGUGGUCGGCGGUGACCUGCCUGCGGCCAAGGUCAAGGUGGCCAUCCGCGACUUCCUGGCCAAGAACAACGGCACCCUCAGGGGACGACCCGUGGACUCGGAGUCGGUAGUCGCCAAGGACGUGACGAACUGGUGCAAGGUGGCCAACGGGGGUUGCCUCGGCAGCGUAUGCGAGUGGGACUACCUGAGUGGCACCAAUACCUGCACCUGCCUGCCCGGCACGAGUAGGCUGAAUGAGACCGCGUGCGCGCAGCCACAAACACCCGCAGUAGCAACAACUGUUGACGAAAACACUGGUACAACGACCUUUACGCCAAUAAGUGACGUCACAGAAGUCGCUUCGGAGCAUCCAAUGACGACAGUGGAAUGGACGGCGACACCUACGGAAAAGGAACCAGCCACCUCUCAAGAUGCGACGGCGUCAGAAACAACGACCCCAAUGAUUCCACUUAUCUCACCGGCGACGACAACCCAGACGCAAGCGCCAAUGGAUGCCUUGACGACGACAUCCGGUACUGUGACGGAAUUGCCGACGACUCCUGGACAGGAGACAACGACGCCAAAGAUUUCUAUAGCUCCGGGCACUUUGAUUCUGCUAGCUACAACUGCGGCUCCGACCACGACCGUCGAACCGGUCUCCGAGUCUGGUUCUCCGGAGAUGACAGUGACCAAUGCCACGACACCUCCAACAACUGAAGACUCAGUUACGACACCGAGCCCCGCGAUUGCGCAGGCCACGGAACCUACGACCGGCGCGACCUUGACGACAGAGCCACAGUCGACGACCGAUGUCGAAAGUCCAUUGACUCGAGAAGCAAGUCAAACGACGGUUGCAACCUUUGCCACCGAAAGUAGCGACGUCGCUAAUGCUACAGUCAGUAUGGUGACGGACGCUGGAACUACGUCGCCGAGCAGUGCACAAACCACCGCUGCCGUGACGCUUGGAGAAACUAGUGCUGCCGUCGUGACGACAGAACGCCACGUGACCACGGACGCCGGUACAUUAACGACCGCUCCCGUGCCGUCAAGCGAAACACCGGUAACUCAGAUGCCAACGAACGAAACGGCACUAACUUCAUGGGUGUCUUCGGAGAACAGUACUGAAGAGACCACGAUGUUCUCGGUCACCGUUCCGUCCGUUAUGGUGUUCUCAGCAACGGCCGUGACAGAGGUAGACAACGGAACUGAAACGACGCUAACGGCGACUGGAAACGAAACCUUGGCGGAGACGACCACGACGCAGAUGUCGUCGGUGUACAGGGAAAUCGACGGCGACGCCGUGAAUGGCACCGACAUUGGCGAACACAACGCAACCGCCGUCUCGACAGGUUCGACAGAUCCAAUCUUUGUCAACGAAACCCUGCCGUUCAACGUGACAGACUCUCCGAACACUACGCUCUCUCAGGUUGAGACCGUCACGGACGUCACCGUGACGACGACCACGUUGGCCGGCGUGAUGAACGAAACCGAGCCGAUGAACGCGACGUUGACGUAUCCCGGUAUCGGCAACGGCUCGUCGACGGAAGAAGUGGACCCCGACUUGAACGUCAGCAACCGCACUUUCGCCAUGGGCAGGAACCUGACCUUCAUGAACAACAACACCUUGUCUGAGGACGGCCUAGAUGUGGUGAACAGCACUAUGGAUUCUUGGAACAUGACGGCCGACGGCACGCUGCUUAACGCCGCGAACAUCACGUUCGGAGAUGGCGACGGCACGAGCAUGAUGACCGACAGCGACAAUACGACGCACGUGGACAUGACGACCACUGAAUUCUUCAACGAAACCAUGGCGAACUCUACGGAAGACAUGUUCAGGGCCCACUGUUCCUCCGAGGAAUUCUUCUGUCCCGCUGAAGGAAGCCACACAUGCCUGAAGACCAACCUCCUCUGCGACCAGUUUGAAGACUGUCCGGGAGCAUUGGACGAGCAGAAUUGUACCGACACCUGCGGAAUGAACUUCCAGUGCAAGGACAAGACGUGCGUCAUGGCGUCGGCAAAGUGCGACGGCAUCCGGGACUGCCCGGAGGGCGAAGAUGAGCACAACUGCGACAUAGUAAACUCCACGUGCAGCGACCUCGAAGUGAUGUGCCCCGACAGCAGCGCCUGCAUCAAGCCGCUUAGCCUGUGCGACGGCAUCUACAACUGCAGAGACCGAAGCGACGAAAGCGGAUGUGUGGACAAGACCCUGUGCGAGCAAUCAAACAAGUUCUACUGCGGCGACAAGCUCUGCAUUCCCUCCGCUUUGAGGUGCGAUGGCCACGAGGACUGCAAGGACGGGGAAGACGAGGUCAACUGCACUUGCGGUGAGAACCAGUUCCAGUGCAUGAACGGAUUCUGCGUAUCGUCUGCAACGGGGUCGGUUCGUUGCAACGGAGUCGCUGAUUGCAUCGAUGGAAGCGACGAACGAGGCUGUGUGCAAGUGGACAGCAACGGAUUGGCGCAGGCGUUCGACGGUGACCUGGGCUCGUGGACGCUCAUGUGCGCGGACAAUGCGACGCUCGAUCACGGCAACCAACUCUGCCAGGAGAUGGGAUACAGCGGCGCCCUUUCGAUACGGACGGUGAGAGUGGAAGCCAACGUCACCUCGUGGGGCUCGUGGAACGCGCCCGAAGACGGUCCCGACACCUUGUGGUCGAAGGGACUCACCUUUGCGGAUUCGUGCCAUCACGGUGCGCUCGCGGUCAAGUGCGACUAUUUUGAGUGUGAGAAUCAGACGGAAGUGCUGUUCCGCAUCGAGCGCGAGGCAACGGGCCAGUCGACGCAGAACGACGUCUGGCCCUACCUGGCUCUCCUGCACGGAAACGACUCGGCGACCGCCUGCCACGGAGAGAUCGUGAGCCCGCUCUGGGUCCUGACCACCGCGUACUGUCUGCAGCAGCUUCCACAGAACGCUUCGCAGCUGUACGUUCAGGCGGGCUUCACGCGCCCCGCCAGCGCCCGCAAGCACCACAGCGUGGUGCGCGUGGUGCUGCACCCGCACUACUCGCAGUUCCGCUCCAGGACGCUGCCCGACUACGACCUGGCCCUGGUGAGGCUCGCCGAACCGUUGUCGUUCGCCAACCAUGUCGCGUCGGCCGUCUGCUUGCCCGACGACGUGGCCCGGCCGGGAGUCACCUGCUUCGUCGGAAGCCUGGGAGACGGAAGGCCCAGAGUUCCAUUCACCACGGCCUCGUCGAUCAUUCACUUGCCGAUCGUCAUAAACGAGCUGACCACAUGCAACAACGAGGAGCAUUACAAGAACGACGUCACCCAGAAGAUGAUCUGCGGAGACGGCCGCCAGAUGAAGCGUCAACUGUGCGACGGUGAUCUCGGCGCUCCCUUGAUGUGCCUCUCGCCGAAUAACAUCUGGCGCCUGGCCGGCGUGCUCAGUUACCAGCGGCACUGUGGCACCUACCAGAAGCACCCGUCCGUGUUCUCCAACAUCUACGAGAUGCGGGACUUCAUCCACAACGUGACCGGCCUUCUCUCCUACAACGUCACCCACGACCCGCAACUGUACAGCCUGCUCGAGUUCCCUCAGGCCGACGACGGCAACGUCUCGGCCGCAGUCCGCUCGCACGCCGCCGGCAAGAUGGCCGGUCUCGAGCACAACGCGUCCGCCGUCGCGGCCGCCCUCUACUCUCACGACAACAUUCUCGGCGAGCACGGAGGGGAGAACGCCAGCAUCACGACGACGCCGGCGUCGACGACCGCGGCGCACGACGUCAUGUUCCUCGACUUGGAGGGCGUCAUUCCCAAAGUGAACCACACGAAGGACUCGAUCCUCGAAGACAAUAACGUUACGACGACGACCACCUCGGAGACUCCGACGACGCACGGCGGCGCUGGCGUUGAAGCGAGGCUUCAAGAGGUCGACCACGCGGGCGUCCACAUGACGACGACCGCGACGAUGGUGACGACGAUUGCGAGCGCUACCGACAGCCACCACCACGACGGCCGCCACCACGAUGGCCACCACCACGAUGGCCACCACCACGAUGGCCACCACCCUGACGGCCACCACCACGACGGCCACCACGACAACGUCGCCACCACGACGGUGGACCCUCACGAGACCAUUGCCUCCAUGAGGCUCAUGGACGUCGACUCCGGCGAGGUCUCGCCUUCGAGCGAGACCAGCCGCGAUGCCUCCGCGUCCUCUUCUCAUCAUGCUCACCACCACUAUCACCAUCACCACGACCACGAAAGCCAGCACCACGCCGCUCCCGCGAACGACACGAGAACGGAGAGCAGGGGCCGAUCAGCGGCGCUGCUCGCCAAUCGCACCGUCGUUGACGAGAUGCAUACGUUUAUAGAGCGCAACAGCGCCGAGGAGACGAUGACGACUGAACCGGGUCUGUUAGAGAACGGCACUGCAAUCGCAGUAACUAAGAUGGCAGCCACGACGGAAAUGUCCCACGAGGUCGUCCAUGCCACUAUGCACGACUACGUUCAUUCGAUGCACAGGGUGGGAGGAAGCUUGGAGAACGGGACGACUACUUCAACUGCGUCAACGAACGCUUCCAGCGCGGAAACGACCACGAUACCGAUGGUGACGAGCCACGGGAACGAGAGCCACGCAUCCCUGAUGAUUGACGACAAUGGAACAACUACGGUGUCGCCCGAAAGCUCGUCCACAAUGGCAGCCGCAGCAAAUCGUACCAGCGAAGGUUUGCACAAUGCCACUGCCGAGGCUGCGAUUGGAGCGCCGUCGCCAGUUGAAAAGAGCGACGCGCAUCAAAUCCCAUCGCGCAAUUCGACCUGCCUAGGCUUCACUUGCAACUCGGGCGAAAUGUGCAUUGAUCACACCGGCGUUUGUGAUGGCAUUUAUGACUGCAAGGACGCCAGUGAUGAAAUCAACUGCGUCCAACUCAAGGAUGCGGUUGUUCACGGGAGGAAAGGAGUUAGUUGGAUGCCCGCCUGUGGCGACACCUGGGACGAUGCACUAAGCGACAGCGUCUGUCGUGAAAUGGGCUUCGAGAAAGCUUCCGAGACCAGUAUUAUAGCGCUGGAGUCGCCAUAUUCGACGUCUCUACGUCAUAGCAGCAAGUCACGUGAACAAGCGAGCGUACUGCAGUCCCUUACACUCAGCAAUGAAACGUGCAAUACCAAGGUCACAAUGAAGUGCCAUCAUUACCAGUGCGGGCACUGGAACGCGACGUUAGCGGCCUCUUCCGGCAAUUCCUCCGAGUCCGGUGCAACGGAUGCUGGUCAUUCCGGACAGUGGCCGUCCAUCGGUGUUCUCUCCUCGAAGGACCGGCACUGCGCAGCCCACCUAAUUUCAGGUCGUUGGCUUCUGGCUUCCGCAUCCUGCUUGAACGAAAGUGACGCCGGCUCCUGGACGUUCCGGUUCCUGCUGUCGCACAACGCAUCGUCCGCACCGCACUACGCCGUCAGCGGCAUUCUGUUCAAUCACGGAGUGAACAUGUCUGGGCAAACGGACGUGGCCCUCGUCCGCCUGAAUCGCACCGUAGAGGUCUCUGGCCACGCCGUUCCCGUAUGCCUUCCAGACAAGAAAGCAGAGCCGACGAACUGCGUAAUCGCUGGAAUAGUAACAUCCACCGCAGAUGAUGCGCAUCGGCUGGCCGUUACGCCUGUGCACAUCGUGAAAACUUCACAGUGCCACGUCGACCACGCUGAACACGAUGGAAGCACGCUAUGCGUACAGAGUUUGAACCACACAACGCCGCUAUGUCAGCUCGCGACAAAGGCAGCCCUGAUGUGCACCGGCCACCGCGGCGAAUGGGAUCUUCGCGGAUGGGUCCCGCAGUCGACGAUUCAGAGGCUAUGCUCGGAACAGUACGGCGCCGGCAACUCCACGGCGGCACUGCACACGCUGAAUGGCGGCAACGUCCUACACUCAAAACACUGGGUCCUGGACAUCGUCGGUCACGGCCUGGCAGUCAACUAAUGAAGAUGACGAUCAACAAGCGGAUCGCGUACGCCACGGUGACGUCAUCGCGGCGUACACGUCGUCCGCUUCUUAGAUACACCUCCCGGCCGCGCGCGAGAGGAACACUGUGAUACAACAAAAUAUCGGACACCGUUCUCUACACCCCCCUUCCUCCCUCCCCCCCUUUUUGUUUUCUUCCGAGUCUGUGCGCGUGGACACUAUAAAUUUCGACCGCCGUGCCAGCGUUACAAGACAUGCAUCGGAGAAA